GAGAAGAAUGAGAUGGCGAGGUAUUGGGAAUUUUGCGACAGCCAAGAACGAAGAGAGAAAAUAGCCGAAAAUGGAGGCGAAUGCAAGAUGAGCGUAUAAAUUGAUUUUGAUCUCCACCAUUUUUUUGUUCCGGUGGAGGUCUCGGAGAUCCGGUGCUCUCGCGCUCGCACACCGGAACCGGACAUUAUUAUUAUUGUUAUUCCCUUUUCUCAAAUUUUCGAGGGCAAGGACGAUUCGAUCCCAUCUCCAUCCGGUCCUCCGCCCGGAGCUUGUUCUUCGAAAAUCCCAUCGAUUUGGGAUUCUCUCCUUGCCCAACGAAUGAAAUUUGUUGUUUUUAGGGAAAAUUUUGGGAUUUCCUUCCACUAAUGGCGAUGGUAUCCCGCCAAGUGGUGCCGGUGUGUGGAACUUUGUGUUUCUUUUGCCCUGCUUUGAGUACCAGGUCCAGGCAGCCCAUUAAGCGCUACAAGAAGCUGCUUGCUGAUAUCUUUCCUCGCUCCCAGGAAGAGGAACCCAACGACAGGAAGAUUGGAAAAUUAUGUGAAUAUGCAGCGAAAAAUCCUUUUCGGGUUCCCAAGAUCACAACUAGUCUUGAGCAGAGAUUUUAUAGGGAAUUGAGAAAUGAGCAAUUGCACUCUGUUAAAGUCAUCAUAUGUAUCUACAGAAAGCUGUUAUUUUCUUGUAAAGAGCAAAUGCCUCUGUUUGCAAGUAGUUUGCUUGCCAUCAUCCACAUUCUACUGGAUCAAGCACGACAUGAUGAAAUGCGAAUUUUAGGAUGCCAGGCUCUCUUUGAUUUUGUUAAUCAGCAGAGGGAUAGCACCUAUAUGUUCAACUUAGAUGGAAUGAUUCCCAAACUUUGCCUUCUAGCUCAAGAAUUAGGAGAGGAAGGGAGAGAAAGACAGAUGCGUUCUGCUAGCCUUCAAGCCCUCUCAGCUAUGGUUUGGUUUAUGGGUGAAUUUUCCAAUAUAUCAGCAGAAUUUGACAAUGUUAUUUCUGUCGUGUUGGAUAACUAUGGAGACCUUAAGAGCACUUCCAAUUCUUCAAAUGGUGGGCAAGGUACUCAGGAUGCAAAUUCUGAAGUAGUUCUCCUUUCACACGAACAAAUGGCAAGGUUUUCAUCGUGGAGGAUGAUAGUAACUGAAAGGGGGGAAUUGAUUGUAUCUCCAGAAGACGCAAAGAAUCCAGAAUUUUGGGCAAGGGUUUGCCUACAUAACAUUGCUAAGUUGGCUAAGGAAGCUACAACCAUACGGCGUGUCUUGGAAUCUUUCUUCCGUUACUUUGAUACUGGCAAUCUUUGGUCUCCAAAACUUGGGCUUGGUCUUUCUGUGUUGAUAGAUAUGCAAUUAAUAAUGGAGAAUUUGGGGCACAACUCACAUUUCAUGCUUGCAAUUUUGAUCAAGCACCUCGAUCACAAGAAUGUUCUACAAGAUCCUACCAUGCAGAUUGACAUUGUUAACAUUGCCACCUCCCUUGCUCAGAAAACAAAUGCCUCACCAUCAGUAGCCAUAAUUGGUGCACUAAGUGAUAUGAUGAGACAUCUUCGAAAAAGUAUACAUUGCUCCCUUGAUGAUUCUAACUUGGGAGCCGAAGUUGUUGAGUGGAACCGAAAACACCAAGCAUCAGUUGAUGCAUGCCUUGUGGAGUUGUCACUAAAGGUUGGAGAUGCUGGUCUCAUUCUAGACAUGAUGGCUGCAAUGCUAGAAAACUUGUCGAAUAUUCCUGUAAUGUCCAGAACAUUAAUUUCUACUGUCUACCGCACAGCUCAGAUUGUGGCAUCAAUACCAAAUCUUGUGUAUCAAGAUAAGGCUUUUCCCGAGGCAUUAUUCCAUCAAUUACUACUGGCAAUGGUCUGCUCAGAUCAUGAAACUAGAAUUGGUGCUCACCGCAUAUUUUCCGUUGUUCUCGUUCCAUCAUCCGUCUGCCCACGUCCUCAUGCUUCUGUUUCCUACUCCAAAAAGCCUACUUAUAUUCAAAGGACACUCUCAAGAACUGUGUCAGUGUUCUCCUCUUCAGCGGCACUUUUUCAGAAAGUAAAAGUUGAGCCUCAUUCACAAGAGAACAUGUUUCAAAAGAUGGAUGAAAAACCUUUAACUAAACAGGUUUCAAAAGUUGAAGGUGGCUCCAUUUUAAACAGACUAAAGUCAAGUUACAGUCGGGUGUACACGGUAAAAAAGGAUCCAUCAAUUUCAGCUAUGGGUUCAGUUACAGAAGAAGGCCCAAAGAUGAAAAAUAAUACUACGAUGAACAGACUGAAGUCUAGUUACAGCCGAGCUUAUAGUAUAAACAAGCCUACUACACCUAGUACGGUUGCGGAUGAGAAACCUUUGACAAGUUCAGAAAAGGAACAGACAACGUUCCUUAGGCUUAGCAGUCGCCAGAUUACCAACCUUCUCUCAUCAUUAUGGGCACAAUCUAUCUCUCCUCUCAAUAAACCUGAAAACUUCGAAGCAAUUGCUCAUACUUAUUGCCUUGUGUUGCUAUUUGCACGGACUAAGAACUCCAGUAACGAGACGCUUAUUCGAAGUUUCCAGCUAGCAUUUUCCUUGCGGAGCAUUUCCCUUGCUGGAGGGCAAUUGCAACCAUCACGUCGGAGGUCACUUUUUACUUUGGCAACGUCGAUGAUCAUCUUCACGGCGAAAGCCUACAACAUCGUGCCACUUGCCCCUCGUGCUAAAGUUGCCCUUACAAGUGAAGUAGUAGAUCCAUUUCUCCAGUUGGUUGAGGAUUGCAAGUUACAAGUUGCCAAAACAGGACAAGGCCAUCCCAGACCAGUUUAUGGAUCUAAGGAAGACAAUGAACAUGCUUUGAAGUCACUUUCAGUUGUCGAUACAAGUGAUAGCCAAUCUAAAGAGUCAUUUGCUAGGCUAAUUUUGCAGACAUUGCAAAGUCUGUCAGAUAAGAAGUUAAGUGCUAUCAGAGAGCAGUUGCUUCAAGAUUUCCUGCCAGAUGAUACUUGCCCAUUAGGAACUCAGUUUUUUGUCACACCAGGAGAAAUUUAUCAAUGUGGAUCUAAGAACGACGGAACUUCAAACACGGCUGAUCCCUUAUUAUCUAUUAAUGACAAUCCAUGCGAUGAACCUCAAAGUCAAAAUGAUGUUGAGACAGAGAAGGCCCCAGAAGGUCCAACUGUCAUGAGUGCUGAUGAACUCUUGAAUUUGAUUUCCGACAUAACAAAUCAAGUAGGAAGGGUAUCAGGCUCCUUACCGACAAAUAUGCCUUACAAGGAAAUGGCUGGGAAUUGUGAAGCUCUUUCAGAAGAAAAUCAGCAUAAGAUAUCCAAUUUCAUUACCUCUGCACCAGCUAAAGAAGGUUCGGUGGGAAAUUUCAAUCAUAAUGAUGAAAAUCCAAGAAAAGAGGAGACUUCGCAACGCGUUCACUUCGCUGUACAUAAGAGCGGCAACCCAUUUGUUGACUCAGAUUCUUCGACACACUGGAGUUCGUCCAUUGAUACUUAUCCAACAGUCUGUACAACUGAGAACCAAUAUAAUCCCCACCUCAUUCAACUACCAGCGUCGAACCCAUAUGACAACUUCCUAAAGGCAGCUGGUUGUUAGGCCAUGGAAUGGUCAUUUCUUGGUGCCAGUGAUAAUUGGCUAUAUAUAUAAAUUUAAAGGUGAGCAAGCAAAACUGCUGAGGUCUGCCUUCGGCACCGGGCAUCGGCCUGCUGCUCGAGUCAAACAUUAGGACAAGUUCUUGCCAUCGUUUUUGAAUAUCUUGAUUUGACUCAUUCAUGCCAUUUUCUUGAGGGCAGGUAAUUCCUUUUCCUUUCUCCAGCUUCAGGUUUGUGUUGGUGAACGCAUUCAUUGGUGGUGCCCUUGGAUAUGUAUGAUAGAUAGGUUGUUAGAUGGGGGGAGGGGUAUGCAUGUUGGACUGAUACUAGUAAGUGAUAAAAGGGGUGAUUAUUGGAGAUUUGGC